AUAGCCAGCUGGACUACCUUUAACACCAUGGUCAAUCUAUCCUUAUACGCCAUUAAGGCCGUUAUACUGUUGGAUGCAGAAGGCAACCGGGUACUUUCCAAGUACUAUGGUAAAGAUUUUGCCUCAACUAAAGAUCAGAAGGCUUUUGAGAAGGGCCUCUUUGACAAGACCAAGCGGGCACAAGGAGAGAUCAUCAUGUAUGACAACCAAAUUGUUUUAUACCGAUCCAACAUUGAUAUAUUCUUCUAUGUUGUUGCAUCCGCCGACGAGAACGAGUUGAUGAUAUCCAGCAUGUUGAAUGCCUUCUACGACGCGGUGUCCACUUUAUUGAGACACCAACUUGAGAAGCGAUCUAUCCUCGACAACUUGGAUUUGGUUGUGCUGUGCCUGGACGAGACUGUGGAUGAUGGUAUCAUUUUGGAAACGGAUUCCAAUGCUAUCGUUGGUCGUGUAUCCAAGCCACGUUUGGACGUUGCUGACAUCCCGCUGAGCGAGCAGUCGUUCAUCCAAGCGUAUCAGACAGCAAGAGAACGAUUAACCAACCAACUGCUUAGGUAGUUUAUACAUAAACCAAAGUAAUUACAACAAAUGAACUUUUGACAUUCCAUCAUAGUAGUAGUGCAGUGUAUUUGUUUAGUGGUGCGUGAUUAUGGAAACAUGCUUGGAUUAGGAAAUGUAGACAUGUAUUACAAUUGAUGGGAGGCCGAUAUCAGAUUAUUGAAAUGAUUCUAGUAUAAAACUUCUAUAAUACCGGGUCUGCAAAUGCGAGAUUGUACUCCUUUGACGAGAACAAGCAAUUUGACUUUUCGAUCUUGGCUAUAAGAGAAAUAAA